CUUAUUUUGAACGACGGUGACCUGUCGCGCUGAUCCUGCGGAGAUAAGAUUAGAUCAACGCGAGAACUGCUCCACCUGCUUUCCCAAGCUAACACGAACGAAAACUCUUGCCAUCAACACCCCACGUUCGAGCAUACCCGGCUACUGCCAAUUAUCCUUUUCACGAGCGUACUGCAUAGAACGAAUAUGACCGAGACGGCUCCAAAAAGCACUCUGCCGUACCCACCCGUCCACUAUGGCAAGCAGUUCGUCGUUCUGAGCGAUUGGUACGACUAUUUUAUUAUCUGCUUUUGUCCACGCAUGCCUACGCUUUGCCGUUAUCUAACACUGCCGUGCACAGACAUGACCGACAACCUCGGAUACGGAAAAGAGAAACGCCGAGAUGGAAAUUUGGAUAUCCUGUCUGGAAAAACUACUUUCCGGGACGAGUUUCGUCGUAUGCUCGACAGCGUUUCCGCGAACGGGCACACGUUGGACGAAUGUAAGGAAGUCCUGAAACAGAACAUCAAACUCGACCCUGGAUUUAGGGACUUCUACAGAUACUGCAAGUCUAAAGACAUCCCUGUCGUGAUCGUCUCCAGCGGAAUGGAACCUAUCAUACGCUCCGUGCUCUCAGCGCUGGUUACGCCUGAAGAAGCGGCCGAAAUUGACAUCAUAUCCAACGACGUAGAUGUCCAUUUGGAUGGUACGUGGAGCAUCAAGUAUCGUCAUCCCACCAGCGGAUAUGGCCACGACAAAUCACAGGCGAUUCUGCCAUACCGUGCGCUCCCGAAGCCGCCCACGCUCUUUUUCUUUGGGGAUGGCGUCUCAGGUGCGUAUAUCCGCAUUCUACGAACGUCCUUUUUGGCUGAACACUUCACGCGCCCGCCUAUUAAACACCCACUCUCUUAUCUACGCAAUCUAUAACAGACAUGUCAGCAGCACGGCAUGCCGAUGUAUUGUUCGUCAAGCAGAAGAAUGAUGGAGAGAAUGAUCUUGCAGCGUAUUGCAAACGGGAAGGCAUUCCACACAUUCUCUUCUCGGACUUCGGAGCUGCGCUGAACACUGUCAAGGCGAUCGUAGAAGGCAGCAAGACUGCUGACGCAGCGUUGGCCGAAGGCAGGGCCGAAUGAACCCGGUUGGACCAGGGUAGAUUAGUAGAUCAUAGUAGAUCAAAGCAAUAGAGAACCGAAUUCAUAGUUCAUACGUGGUAGUAAACCUGUAUGGAGUGAUGUGAACUUUGUACCCGUUCCGUGGUUUCUUCCAAUUCUGUUCCUUGGAGUUGUGAGAUCAAGGCACAAACUUAUAAAUAAGGACCCAAGA